UGGUCGGCUUUGAGUAUUAACUUGUUUGAAUUUCCUUUCAUAUGUUUCGGAUGUUCCAUCAGAAUAGAAGAUGAAUACAUCCUAGAAACCUUCGCCAGAACAACUUGUGUAAAGCAACGGGCGGGGUUUGAACCCGGUACCAAUGAGACAAUAGCCCAGCGCUCUUACCACGUCACCAGACAGCCAUAAAUAAAAAAGAGAGACCUGACAACCCAGCAAGUCCGACACUUCGUUUUUCAAAUUAAGGACACAGAAUAGAGCUGCAAUAUAUAUGGAUCCAUCAAUCAGAGAUUCAAUUCAAAUAUUGCUAAGAGUUUGCCCUCCUGAUCCAAGUGAAAAAGACUUUGCACCAUGAGUUCUGGAUGUUAACACUGCAGACAAUGCCAUUAUUCUUCACACAAAGCCAGAGCCCACAAUUUUCACCUAUGACAAUGUAGCAGAUGCUGACACCACACAGGAAGCUGUGUUUUCACUAGUUGGUAAAAAGAUUAUUGAAGAUUGUUUAAAUGGCUACAAUGGAUCCAUAUUAGCUUAUGGCCAGACUGGCUCUUGAAAAAGUUUUACUAUGUUUGGUCCCUCUGAGAACUUGGAAAGCUCUCAGCUUCGUGGUGUGAUUCCCAGAAGUUUGGAGUAUCUCUUUAGUGUAAUAGCUCACCAACAAGAUCAUGGCAGUAAAAAACAGUUUUUGUGUCGCUGCUCCUUUUUAGAAAUCUAUCAAGAGUAAAUCAAGAGCAAAUCUUUGAUCCUUUUUGGAUACAGCUUCACAAGGUAUUUGCUUAUGUGAGAAUAUGAACAAAGGUGUCUUUGUAGAUGGACUCAUUGAGCAAGUUAUCUGCAACCCAAGAGAUGCUUAUCAGUUAAUAAUCAAGGGCUGGUUGAAUCGUAGAAUAGCUCUUACUUCCAUGAACAGAGAGGGUUCGUGCUCUCAUGCUGUUUUUACAGUUAAAAUAGAGUCAAAGGAGGAAGUAGGUGGUUUCCAAAAAAGCAAUAUAUCACAGAUAAAUCUAAUUGAUCUGGCAGGAUCAGAGAGACAGAAAGCUACCAACACUGACAGCUCUCGGCUCAAAGAGGCUGGAAGCAUCAAUAAGUCCCUCUCUGUCUUAGGGAAUGUCAUCAUGUCUCUGAGCUAUGGAAAAAAAACGUCACAUCCCUUACAGAAACUCCAAAUUAACAUUUUUGUUGAGGGAUUCAAUUGGUGGAAAAACAAAGACAAGAAUGAUAGCCUGUGUUCAUCCAGACUCCAGAAUCAUGAAUCUCAGCUGACAGCCAAAGAAGAAGAACUGCAAAGAGUGAACAUGACUCGUCAGAAAUUUGAAAAAGACAACAAAGUUUUACAAGCUAUGUUGAAGCACACAGAAGUUUGUGAGCAGAAAGCUCCUGAAGUGCCAAAUUUUCAAGUUAUUAAGAAUAUUGAAUCAGCCUAUAGCCGCAAGAUGGAAGAGUUUGAGAGGUCAAUCUUUGGCAAAGAUAAAAAAGUAGCAGAGUUAUUAUUUGAAGUAGCAAAAUUAAAAGAGGAACUUCACCUUGCCAGGGAAACACAUGCAUCUGUUUUAAAAGACAGGAAUUGCAAUAAAAUGGGUGCUGCUGAGGCAUUUCAAGAAUUUCUAAGUGCUGUGCCUAUGCAAGGAGGUGCUAUUGGUGAGCCUGGAGAGAGAAAGUCAUCUUCAGAAAAAAAUGGCUCAGUUAGAGGAAGAACUCUAAUAAAAGAAACAAAAAUGCCAGAAAUAAAUGAACAAUUUUGGAGAAGUAAAAAAAGUGAAUGAACUAAUAACAUCCUUUUAAAGAGUCACUGUUUUUGUAAAAGCAGUAAAAAGUUUGUUUUUUUAUACCAAUCAAUGGUUAUAAUUCAAAUGAAAGCCACUUCAUUCUUCUUAAAAAACCAGUACAAGAGAUACAGUACUUGUAAGCAUGUCAAUGAUUGGUUGAAUCCUACUAGUAUUUGAAUAAACAUAUAUUUUAGUUUGAAGCCCAAGAUUGGCAUUGACUCUAGACAAAUAAUUGUGUUUAUACACAGUUUGACUGUAAAAGAAAUAUGUUGAGAUAUUUUUGUUAAAAUUUUUCUUAAGUUCAAGCUACUACACUCUUUUAGUCAAUAAGUUCUACAAUGGAAUUUAAAAAGAUGUUUAUGGAUAUUGUCUUUCAUUUCACUAGCCAUUUGUUUCUCAUAAAAAUUGUGGAAUUGAAAAUGUCUGUUACAUGUGUUUCUAUAUCUAAUAUUUAUGAAUAUAUAUAUAUAUAGAAUAUCCUCUGCUUAAAAGUAUGCUUUAUUGGAAUAUGUUUGAUGUCAAUACUUGUAAUAAAAUGAACAAGAGGUAUUUCACUCUAGUAGUUUAAAUUUUCAUAAGUUAUGAACUAGAGGCCUUAAAUAAAAUUGACUACUUUUGGAUAAAUUUGUCAUCUCUGUUGAUGUACAAAUAAUGUAACUAGGCCUCAAGGUUUCCUAAAUUGAGCAAAGAGAAAGAGCAUCCACAUUUACCUUUUUCUAGAAAGAACAAAAAUAAAGCUCAAAUAUUUCUCCUAUUUUGACACAAAUUAAGAAAAAUAAUAUGACCAUUUUUAUAGGAGCUCGCAAGGUUGAAUUUAUAGGUAGGCUAUUUAGGCAUGGUUGUAUUUUACACAGCUACAACUGUAUUAAUACAUAAAUAAGCCGUCUUAUUGUAAAUAUGUACUGUACAUAAAGAAUUAGUAGAAAUAGCUAUUUGAUCUUCAUGUAUUGUCUUGAAUCCUUUUUUUUUUUUUGGUGUUUUGAUUUUUCUGAAUAACUUAUAUGUUAAACUACUUGUAUAAUGUGUUUGUAAAUAUUCAUAUCAGAUAAUUUCUAUUGCUGUUUAUUUUGAGAGUCUUAAGUUUAAGGAAGUUGGAAGUUUUGUUUAUGUAUCAACACAGACCAUGAGCUCUAUUAUAACUGUCUGUCUGGUCUUUCAGUUUUUCUUUAGGUCAUCUUUGUUUCAUUGUGGCAGUCUGUAUUUAUAUUUAGUGUAUUCUUGCCAUUUUAUGCCCAUAAUUGAACCCAGACUCCUUUGGUUCAAUCCUUCUAGCACUCUUAAAUGCUUUGCAUGUAGCUGCCAAAUCUGAGAGCCAUAAUGAAGUGCUUCGAGGCCACUGCCUGGUAGAUAUGUAACUAUUUAUCUAUCACUAAUUGCAAAGUUUGGGCCCUCUGAGUCCACCCAACUCUAAUGGGUACCUGGCAUUAGUUGAGGAAAAGUAAAGGCGGUUGGUCAUUGUGAUGGCUAUAUGAUACUUUCGUUAACUGUAGGCCACAGAAUCAGAUGACCUUUACAUCAUCUGCCCUAUAGACCACAAGGUCUGAAAGGGGAACUUUACUUACUUAAUUGCAGAAGUGUUGUACAUAAAAACAUUCCGUACUCAAGUUUAACUGCCAUUGGUUAGAAUCAAUAUCUUAAAUAGAAUAAGGUGUAAUUUUUAACAUUAAGCCAUAGAAAUGUGACCCUACAAUGACUAUGCUAUGAGUAGUAGUUGUUAUUUAUAAUUAUAGCAAUCAAUUUUUUUGUUAAAGGCCCCUAGCACUAUUAGAUCUUCAAAUUAGCUUAGUGAUAUUGUAAUAUGUGAUUUACAUUAGCUGAUAUUUUAUUGCUUUCAUGGAUUAACAAGAAUUGGUUCUGUUACUUUUCAUAACAUUUGUCAUUACACCACAACUGAUGCCUUACUGAAAAAAAUGUUCUAAUGAGUGAAAAUAAAGUUAUUUAUUUUCUAA